AAUUAAAAUUUACAAACUGUAGUACCUAAGUGGGAAAAAAAUACGAUUCCACGUUUCAAUACGACGACUCUAAUGCCACCUACGAUUUCUGUAUAAGCUUAAGUUAUUUUCUUGUAAGGAGUACAUGUUAUGACAGUAGCCUUUUCCGAGAUGCUACUUGUUAAACCUUACCGGAGAGGCCUCCAUAGCAAAACCCUACACUCACCAUCCGACAGCCUUUUUGUCAACAGGGCACUUUCCAUUCUCAAAGGCCACGACCCAAUUCCUUUGAACUCCUUAUCUUCCCAAUUUACCCCUCAAUAUGCUUCUUCCUUACUUUUCCAAUGCCAGUUUGAUAAACCCCUUGCUCUAAGAUUCAUUAACUGGGCACGUAACCGCCAUUUCUUCAACAACCUUCAAUGCAAAUGCAUUUCCAUUCAUAUCCUCACUCGUUUCAAGCUCUACAAAACUGCUCAGUCCCUUGCUCAAGACAUCGCUUUGAAAUUCGAGGGUGAAACCGUCUUUUCCACUCUCAGGGAUACUUACCAUUCUUGCAAGUCCAGUUCUGCUGUCUUUGAUUUGAUGGUAAAAUCUUAUUCUCAUUUGAAAAUGAUUGAUAGAGCUAUGAAUGUGUUUGAAUUAGCUAAGUCUAAUGGGUUUAUGCUUACUGUUUUAUCGUAUAAUUCCAUUCUUGAUGCGUUGAUCAGGGUUUCCUGUAAUGGGGGGUCUUUUGAAUUAGCUCUAAAGUUUUAUGAUGAUAUGGUUAAAUCUGGGGUUUCACCCAAUGUGUAUACUUAUAAUAUUAUGAUCCGAGGGCUUUGUCGGAAAGGGGAUUUGCAAAAGGGUUUGGUUGUUUUCGAUGAGAUGGAAAAAAGUGGCUGCUUGAGAAAUGUUGUAACUUAUAACACCGUAAUAGGUGGUUAUUGUAAGAUAGGUAAGGUUGAUGAGGCAGUCGAAUUGUUGAAACUGAUGCAAGUUAGGAAUUUGGAACCGAGUGUGGUCACGUAUAAUGCUAUUAUUAAUGGGUUGUGUCGAGGAGGAAGGAUGAAAGAGACGAGUGAGAUUUUGGAAGAGAUGAGGGGAAGGGGAUUAAUGCCUGACGAGGUGACAUAUAACACACUGGUAAAUGGCUACUGUAGGGAGGGUAAUUUUCAUCAAGCACUUGUUUUGCAUUCGGAAAUGUUAAGGAAUGGGUUGUCUCCAGAUGUUGUGACCUAUACUUCUUUGAUUAAUAGCAUGUGCAAAACCGGGAAUUUGCAACGUGCAAUGGAAUUCUUCGAUCAAUUGCGUGCUAGAGGGUUAUAUCCCAAUGAUAGAACUUACACAACAUUGAUUGUUGGCUUUUCUCAGCAGGGUUUUAUGAAUGAGGCUUAUAAAGUUUUGAAUGAAAUGAUUUCAAAUGGCUUUUCCCCUUCAAUUGUGACUUAUAAUGCUUUAAUUAAUGGGCAUUGUGCAGUGGGCAGGAUGGAAGAUGCUCUAAGUGUGACUCAAGAGAUGGAACGGAGAAGGCUUGUCCCAGAUGUUGUAACUUAUAGUACAAUAAUAUCUGGAUUUUGUAGAAAUGGUGAGUUGGAAAGAGCAUUCGGUGUUAAGAAGCAGAUGGUUGACAAAGGAGUUUUACCUGAUGUUAUUACUUAUUCAUCCCUAAUCCAAGGUCUUUGUCAGCAGCAAAGGCUGACUGAAGCUUGUGAACUUUUCCAAGAGAUGUUGAGAGUAGGUCCACAACCUGAUAAGUUUACAUAUACUACACUUAUUGGUGCAUACUGUGCAACUGGGGAUAUCAAAGGUGCUCUUCACCUGCAUAACGAAAUGAUCUGUAAGGGUUUCUUUCCUGAUGUUGUCACUUACAGUGUCCUAAUCAAUGGGCUUAACAAACAAGCUCGCACUAGGGAAGCAAAGCGGCUUCUGUUCAAGUUGUUGUAUGAGCAAUCAGUGCCGAAUAGUGUCACUUAUGACAUGCUGAUAGAAAGUUGCAGAGAUCUUGAAUUUAAGAGUGCGGUAGAUCUUAUUAAAGGAUUCUGCAUGAAAGGUUUGUUGAAUGAAGCUGACCGAGUUUUUGAGUUGAUGCUGCAAAAACACAAGAAGCCAAGUGAAGCAGCUUAUAACCUACUUAUACACGGUCAUUCCAGGGGUGGGAAUAUGCAUAGAGCCUUGAAUCUUUACAGAGAAAUGGUGAAUCUUGGCUUUGUUCCUCAUACAGUAAGCAUUAUUGGGCUGAUGAAAGAACUUUUUAAUGAAGGGAUGAGUGAAGAAUUAAACCAAGUAAUUCAAAGCACGUUGGAAACCUGUAAACUUGCUGAUGGUGAGCUAGCUAAAGUUAUUGUUGAGGUGAACUACAAGGAAGGAAACAUGGAUGCAGUAUUCAAUGCGCUUACUGAUAUGGCCAAGGAUGGCCUUCUUCCAAAUAGUGGGAAAACCGCUUUUUGUCGCAUGCCACAAUAAAGUAACUAUCAUCUACAAAUAAUCACACAACUUUUGCCAUGCAUGAGGUAGAGUGCAUCAAGCAGCAGGAAACGUGGUCGCAAGUUGCAACAAAUUGAUUCCCUCUCCUUUGGGUUUAUCAUGCCAUUGUGAACGUGGGAGAAUGAGUUGCUGGAGAGCCAUUACUUUACUCAGAUAAACAACAUUCUUUCGAGACGGUUUAAUUCCCACUUUGCUUGUAAAUUGAACAACUUCUCACAUGCUAGAAGGUCAGUUCCAUAUUCCAGCAACGCAUUGACAAAAGGCUGAACAGACGUUUUGAAUUCCUUCCAGCUACAAGUAGGGUGCUUAUUUGAACAGGUGAAACAAGACGCAGAGAAGGAAUUCCAGGGUCAUUGGUCGUGAAGUUCCGCUAUAGAAGCUGGUGCAUGUUGCUUCUAGUGUGGGAUGUACCUAAUGUUGGUGCUCAGUGUCAAGCUUGUGAAGCUGCGCAUUUUAAUACCAGUUAAAUCAGUCCUUUGUUGCAUUUUCACAAAGGAUCCGUGGCAAGCCUGUCAGACCUGAUUGCUUCAUAGAGUGCGAAAUAGAAAUCGUAUCUGAAGUUCUCCAUUGAAUCUGAGAGCUUAUUGUCUGAAGUAAGAACCAACACUUAUAUACAAAGGACUGGACGUUGAUUAUUUGGUCAAACAUUGGCGGCUUCUUCUGUUCUUCAUUGCAACAUCAGCAAAUUCAUUCUCAAAGGAAGCUCUGAAGCUACUUGGAUGGGCAUAGUCCUUCAAGAUCAUGUCACCUGUUCUUUGGAAAGUCUAGUUGCGGUUUAUUAUUUGCUUUAACGCAGUUCUGUCCAUUAGGACAUUAUAUUUGGUUCACAUCUGUUUUAUUGCUAGUCUUCUACUUCCAGGGAAACACAACAGAUGAAAUGGGCUGUCCAGCUCUGUCCUAUAGAACCGAUAGUUUCCCUGGUUGUAACAAGUCCGUUGUUAAACCUCCUCUCCUCCUCCCCACCCUCCCAAAAACCCUGCCCCAGGGAAAAAGAAAAGCUGAAUAAACAUCUCUUAUGUUAUGGAUGAAAUGGUGCAAAGGGUUUUACGAUCCAUUAAAAUAUUUUUUAGUUAUAUAGUGCCUUCCUUAGGAGAUGGUAAUGUAUAACAUAUGAGAUCUUUGCAGGAUGAUUCUAUCCUAUUCAAAUUGUAAUUGGUUAUAGGAGAUAAUGAAAAAAUUGCAAUGAGAGAGACAAUGGUUGUGGCUUCACAUUAAA